CAAUCACUCUCCUAUAAAAUCUCUCAAAUGAUUACCGUCAUGUCCUUUCCAGCUGUCUCUUAUCUCUUAACUAGUCACGAAUGGCGGCGGCUGCAGCGACAUCCUUCACUCCCUCUCUCUCAACACCUGCAACAUCUUCUUCUGAAACCCUAAAGCCAGCCUUCACAACUCUCAACCUAGGGUUUCUCUCGUCGACCUCAAAGUCAUUGAGAGCUAUGAAAGCUACCACCGGUGGAAAUGGUGUCGGUGUGGGGUCAGCUCUCGGUGUGCGCAUGGUGUCGAUGCCGACGAUUAAGACUCCUACCUCUCUCGAUUUCGAGACCUCUGUCUUCAAGAAGGAGAAGAUCUCUCUCGCUGGCCACGACGAGUACAUUGUGAGAGGAGGAAGGGAUUUAUUCAAGUUGCUGCCUGAUGCAUUCAAGGGGAUUAAGCAGAUUGGCGUUAUCGGUUGGGGUUCUCAGGGACCUGCUCAAGCUCAGAAUUUGAGGGAUUCCCUUGCAGAAGCAAAAUCUGAUAUUGUUGUCAAGAUUGGGCUUAGGAAGGGCUCUCGUUCUUUUGCUGAAGCUCGUGCUGCUGGCUUUACUGAAGAGAAUGGAACUUUGGGUGAUAUAUGGGAAACUGUAUCUGGCAGUGAUCUCGUGUUGCUAUUGAUUUCUGAUGCUGCACAGGUUGGUUUAGCAUACUCUUGA